UUCCCCACCAGUCAAAUGGACAGAUCACUUUUCUUGGCUUCUUCACAAAGCUGUAAGACGGCCAAGUGCUUUCGGGGCAAAAAAGUCCUUGGAGAUUAUGACAUCAAAGUGGAACAGGCAGAAUUUUCUGAGCUCAACCUGGUGGCCCGUGCAGAUGGGACCUACGCUGUGGACAUGCAGGUGCUUCGGAAUGGCACAAAGGUUGUCCGGUCUUUCCGCCCAGACUUUGUGCUGGUCCGGCAGCAUGCCUUUGGCAUGGCCGAGAACGAGGACUUCCGUCACCUGAUCAUUGGCAUGCAGUAUGCAGGCCUCCCCAGUAUCAACUCCCUGGAAUCCAUUUACAACUUCUGUGACAAGCCCUGGGUGUUUGCCCAGAUGGUGGCCGUCUACAAGACACUGGGAGGAGAAAAGUUCCCACUCAUCGAGCAGACGUACUACCCCAACCACAAAGAGAUGCUGACGCUGCCCACAUUCCCUGUGGUGGUGAAGAUCGGUCACGCUCACUCGGGCAUGGGCAAGGUCAAAGUGGAAAACCACUAUGACUUCCAGGACAUCGCUAGUGUGGUGGCCCUCACCCAGACCUAUGCCACAGCAGAGCCCUUCAUUGACGCCAAGUAUGACAUCCGAGUCCAGAAGAUCGGCAACAACUACAAGGCUUACAUGAGGACAUCGAUCUCAGGGAACUGGAAGACGAACACUGGCUCUGCAAUGCUGGAGCAGAUCGCCAUGUCAGACAGGUACAAGCUGUGGGUGGACACCUGCUCUGAGAUGUUUGGUGGCCUUGAUAUCUGUGCUGUCAAAGCUGUACAUGGCAAAGAUGGGAAAGACUACAUUUUUGAGGUCAUGGACUGUAGCAUGCCACUGAUCGGGGAACACCAAGCAGAGGACAGACAGCUCAUCACCGAGCUGAUCAUCAGCAAGAUGAACCAGCUGCUGUCCAGGACUCCGGUCCUGUCUCCUCAGAGACCCUUGACCACCCAGCAGCCACAGAGUGGAACACUCAAGGACCCAGACUCAAGCAAGACCCCACCUCAGCGGCCGCCCCCCCAAGGUUGUUUACAGUACAUUCUCGACUGUAAUGGCAUUGCAGUAGGGCCAAAGCAGGUCCAGGCUUCCUAAAUGAUCGCUAGUUCAUGUUUCAAAGCAGAAAUUUUAAGCCAAAAACAAAAAUCAAGGAAAGGAAGGAGAGUGGGAGGGAGCAGCGGCCCUGCGGCCAGCACGGCACCCCCACUGCUGCCCGGACUGUGUUUCCUAUGCAGUGUCAGCCCGUGAGGUUCUUCACCUGUUCCUGUCCGUGCUUGUAAUGCGCACUCUUGUUCCUCUGUGUAACCUGUGAUUCCGGGGCUGUGUGUCAACAGUGUACAAAAGAAUUGUGCUUCUCCCAGUCCAAUGCGACUCUGUCUUCUGGGUGGUUUGAUAGUGUUUUUUAAAGCAUUACAUAACGUGGGGUAAGCUGGGAGCAUGGGGAUGGACAGGGGAGAAAGGAAAACCAGAAAAUAAGACCCAGCUCCCCUCCUCCUCCCGGGGCUCAGAUUAACCCCAACUCUGUGAGUGUGCUUGGGACCUUCAGUGAACUGUGCUUUGCUUCCUUUCUGCAUGACUCUGGUAAAUAGAUAGAACUCUAAGAGAUUUUCAAGGUCUAAUUUCCAUUGCUUCAUCCAUUGGAUUUGAAGGCAUCCACCUUUUCUCCACUUGCUAAAAUUUGGUGAGUUUGAGUUUAUGUGAAUAGGCUGGCUGUGCCUGUACAGCUCUUGUGCUUUUAGUGAUGAAAUACAAAGAACAAACUACUUCCAGGAAUGUGUUCUGUAUUUCACGUCCCAGUGCACCCUUUGUUUUCCUUAUUAACUAAUUAGCUGUGAGAUUAAACAAGCAACAACAACAACAACAAAAGCAAUGGGGCUGCCAGCGUGUGAUAUCCAGAUGAACUUGUGAGUAUUUUUCUGUGUGUUGAUCUCAGUUCCCCGAAGUUGUUCCUUCCUGGUUGCUGUUUUGGAACCGGCCGUAUGUGUGCCACUGCGAAACUGGGGCUGCUCCGUGUGCCCCAGAGCUUGGCCUGUGCACAGAGAUGAUGCUUUAACAAUCUUGAGCCUAGAAUGCAGGGAGCUGCUGGAAGUCUGGGAGUAUCUGAGCGUUCCUGAGGCCUCAUACCGUGAGAGUAAACCGGAAAUGCCCAUGGCACCCGAGUGGGUGUGCUGCCUGCUGAACCCCAAGGGUUCUCUCUUAGCUGCUGCCUUUUAGCAGAGGCCCCAGGGUGAAGGGCUCUCUGGGAAGGGCCAUAUCAGAUGUAGCGUCUGUGUGUGUUUUGGACGGAGGCCUUGAGCCUGAGGAACCCUCACCAGCCUGUUCUUUCUCUGCCAGCAGGCAGCACGUGGGCAGGUACUAAACCAGGGUUUAGGGGCAGUGCCUCAUCUUGCCAUCUCCGGGCAGGGCCGGGGACAGGUACCAGGUGGCCUUCUCUAGCACCGUGGCCUGUGGGGUUCGUGCCAGUGGUUUGCCUUUAGAGGAAAUGCUUCUGGCUGUCGUUCUACAUUCCCUCCCCUCCGUACUGGCACGGCCUCACUCCGGAGCGGCAGAGCUAUGGUGCACGCAGUGUUGGUAGCAUGUAGCAUGAGUGACGUGCCCAGGGGAAUGUGCCCUGCUUCCUCCUUGGGUUGCUGUCACAUGGUGAGGCCGUGGAGAAAUGCAUAGUGUGUGAGUCCUGGCCUGUGACCUGGCCCCUAGGGGGCGAGGGCAGUCAUUCUGCUCUAAGGACUUUGGUGUAUGGACAUAUGUACUCCCAGGUCCUUAGUACCUCCCAGUCAGAUGAAUGGUAGGAGGGAAUGAAGUCUCAGAGUGGAGGAAUACUUUUCCUUUUUGUUUUAAAUUUCUUGUUAAGUGGUGAGCUGAUAACGAGUGGUGUUGCUUCCCUGCAUGUUAUCAGUGUGUUCAUCCAGGUGCUUUUCACGUGACAUUGGUGAGCCACAAAUACAAUGCAGUCAGGCUCAGGAUGGUGUCAGCCAAGGCCUUUCAGGUGGGAACGAAGCCGAUUAGGACUCCCACUGCCAAAAGCGAGCAGACAGCGUCACCUGACUGUCACGUGCCCUCAGGCAGCAUGCUAAGGGACAACUCUGUGGCCUGGGGGACAUAUGUCACAGUGUAGGAUUGCCAUUCAGGUGUUUUGUACCCAAUUCUUUUCUGAUGUUGUCCCCUCACCCCCUUUUUUUUGUACUUAUCCAGCUGGGAGACCCUCAGCUACUGCUGGAAGUGUGAUCGAAGUACCUCUCUUUUGUGACUCUUGUACAGCUUAAUGUGCAAUAAAGGAAAAGUUAUAUCUGU